AGUCAACAAAAGUGUAUGUGGAAGGUCCUGCCCCUGGGGUGGACUUCAUAACGGACGGCGCCUCAUUGGUGGAAACGGCAGCGGCCAGCUGCGUGCCUGUGGUGUCUCAGAGCCUCUUAAAGAAUCCUGACAUGGAGAGUUUGUCUAACUGGGACUGCUGGGGCUGCACCUGUUCCGUCACUCAGACUCGAUACAGCGGGAACUACGCUAUUAAGACCAGUUACAGGACCGCCGCGUGGCAUGGACCAUCACAGGACGUGACUGUGGAACUUGAUAAACAAUAUUCUGUCUCAGUUUGGGUCCGCAUCGUGUCUAAAGAGCGACCGCAGAACCUUGUAGUCACGUUACGGUUCGACUUUCAGGAUGGAACCAGGACGUACCAACAUGGUACCUCUUGGGAAAAGAUGUCUGCAGCGGAUGGAUGGGUAGAACUUAAAGGCGAGUUCACAGCACCGAAUAAACCACUUCGGCAGACUAUACUGUUUGUCCAAGGCCCUGCACCAGGGGUGGACUUCAUCACAGACCACGCCUCUUUGAUGAAAAUUACAACACCUAAUACAACACCUAAUACCACACCUGUUCCAACACCUGUUACAACACCUAUUACAACACCUGUUGUCCCGAGAUGCGAAUUUACCGAACUCCUACAGAAUGCAGACAUGGAGAGUAUGUCAGGCUGGGAUUGUGUCGGCUGUUCGUGUUUCACCACCAACCACGCCCACAGUGGAACUCACGCCAUACAAACGGCGAGCAGAUCUGCUAGGUGGCAAGGUCCUUCCCAGUUCGUGACGGUUGUGUUGUCCAAACAGUUCACGUUCUCGGUCUGGGCUCGUCUCGUCAACGACCUGAGUGGACAGACUUCCCAGACAAUAAAAACAACCGUCCAGUUCAAAUAUCAAGAUGGAACCAAUCAUUAUCAUUCUAUUGCUAGCAAUGCAAAUGUUCGUACAGGUGAUGGCUGGAUACAGCUGAAAGGCGAGUUCACGGUGCCGAAUGAACAAGUAGAGUCAACAAGAGUGUAUGUGGAAGGUCCUGCCCCUGGGGUGGACUUCAUAACGGACGGCGCCUCAUUGGUGGAAACUGCAGAAGACAGUUGUGUGUCUCCGAACCUGUUAAAGAAUCCCGACAUGGAGAGUUUGUCUGAUUGGGACUGUCCAGGCAUCACGUGUUCCGUCACUCAGACCCGACACAGCGGGGUCUACGCGAUACAGACUAGUGGCAGAACACAGAAGUGGCAGGGACCGGCACAGUAUGUUGACCUUCAACCCGGCAAGUUGUACUCAGCCUCAGUAUGGAUCAAGCUUGUUAAUGACCUUCCAGGUCAGAUUGGUCAAAGAGUCUGGAUGACGUCAUACUUCAAAAUCAAAAACGGACCUGGCAAGUACAAGCAUUUGGCGGCUUAUGGACUACUUCGUGUUGCGGAUGGUUGGGUGAAAUUGCUAGGAGAUGUACAGGUGCCAAAUAAACUGUCUGGUAAAGUAAAACUUUACAUCCAGGGACCUGCCCCUGGUGUGGAUUUCAUCGUGGAUGAAGCCUCUCUACGGCUUCUGGGGGAAUGGACGAACUGGAGACAAGACGUGGACUCGAGCAUCAACCAGCUGAGGAAAAGUAGCAUCAGCAUACAGGUGACAACGGCUCCGAACAUUAACCUCAAUGAAGUGGAAAUCAAAGUUACUCAAACAAAGAAAGCGUUUCCGUUCGGUACAGCAGUUAAUCUUUUUGAGUAUGAAAAAGGUGACAAGAGGUACCAGGAUUUUGUGAAUCAGCACUUCAACUGGGCUGUCACGGAGUUCUCCUUGAAGUGGGGAUUUAUGCAAAGGUUGCAGGGACAUAUUAGGUAUGAGCGUGCAGUCCGUGCAUUAAACAAAUUGAAAAGAAAUGGAAUCAAAGUGCGCGGUCACAACAUCGUGUGGUCUGUAGAACGUCACGUACCCAAAUGGGUGAAGCCACUGUACGGCAACACGCUCAAACAGGUCGUCCACGAUCGAAUCGUUGACAUCGUGUCGAAAACUAAAAACCUAGUAGAACACUGGGACGUGAACAACGAAAACCUGCACGGCUUCUUCUUCCAGGAGCACGUCAACGACAUCGACUACGACCUCCAAUUGUUCAGCACCGCACAUAGCACCGCCCCCGACGUGAAGAUGUUUCUUAACGAUUUCGGCGUCGUGGCUCAAGGAGAAUUGACUCAAGCAUACCUCGCUCAAGCCCUGAAGUUGAAACAGGCGAAUGUUGGUCUGUACGGAAUCGGUGUCCAGUGUCAUUUCAGUGCCGAUGAGAUGCCCAGUCCUACACUGAUAAAGGCUCACCUGGACACUCUCGCACAAGCCGGGCUGCCGAUCUGGGUGACGGAGUUGGACGUGGGAAGUAAAAACGAGGUGGAUCGCGCGGACUUCUACGAGACAGCAUUGCGCGUGCUGUACAGUCAUCCUGCAGUGGAGGGGAUUCUGAUCUGGGGGUUCUGGAAUAAGAGGCACUCUAGGAAGGAAGAUGCGGCUCUAGUCAGUGGCCCCGAGUUCAGACUAAACGCCGCGGGUCAGCGAGUUCUGGAUCUGUUUGAGAACCAGUGGAUGACCAAGGAGACUCACACACUGUCUCAGUCUGGAAACCAGUUCACUGUUGAUGGUUUCCAUGGUGAUUAUGAGGUCAAGGUUAUAUACCGAGGUCAGGAACGGGUCGACCAAAAAACGACGUUUACGCUGGGGUCGUCUCCGCAUACAGUGACGUUGUCUGUGGCGUAGAUUUCUACGAAGUCACCACAAUAUAAACUAACUAUCAUUAAAACUAAGCACACAAAUUAUUAAAAUAUAUAAGAUUAAGCAUGUCAAAAUUAAAUAAAAGUGAGUAAUAAAAAUAAUGCAA